AUGAGAGAAAUAGAAUUGUCAUUGACUCAAACCCAAAAGAUUCGACUUCAAAGAGCCCUAGAAAAACUCCAAUCUCUCUCCUCCAAAUCCGCUGCCAACGCUUCAGUCACCGUUGCUGACACUAUUUCUGUCAACAAUGAAGAUAAUAUCCUCAACAACUCAGGGGUAUAUGGUGAAUUUAAAAAUCUUCAUGGUUAUAUGGGACAUGGAACAUUGGAACUUGACGGCGAAGUGGUUGCAACUGUGUGUGGUCCUGUCGAUCGAGUUGAUAAACUUGUUAUUGUUCGCUCUUUGCUAUCCAGUUUUGAUGAAUAUGAAAUGUUAGCUAAAUUUGAAAAUGAAUGUCAGGUUGCUCAAAAACGGUGGAGAGUUGAGAUCCAUUUAAACCAAGAUGUUGUUCUUAUGCUUUCUUCAGUGACUUUACCUGGUGGUAUCCAGUUAUAUAUGGAAGAUAUCCAUGAAAAUCAUGUUGUGAUCGGUGUUCGACAAAAAGUUGUGCAAAGGCAGCGUAUAACAGUUGAUGAACUCAACAUGAGUGAUAUUUUUGUAGAGAAUGAUGUUAUUUCUCUUGAGAGGGGUCAAUUGAUCAUUGUCCAUUCCUAUUUGGUGGAAAGACGCAAGUAG